AUGGAGAACGAGCUGUUUAUGAAUGUCGGAGUUUCUCAUCCGCCGGAGAUGACGACGCCACCGCCGUCUUCUUCGUCGGAGAUGCUUAACUGGGUUUCAAUGGAGACUCAACCAAUGGAGCCAAGUCUCAGUCGUAAUCUAUCUCGCGAUUGCUUUUUCUGGGAAAAGUCAACGGAACAGAGCAUCUUCGAUUCGGCUCUGAGCUCACUCGUUUCUUCACCGACGCCGUCAAAUUCUAACUUUUCCGGUGGUGGCGGAGAUCAUUUCGUCAUCAGAGAGUUGAUCGGGAAAUUGGGUAACAUCGGAGAGAUCUACGGAACUCCGGCGAGCAACGGAAACGGUUCUGGGUCGUGUUACGCAACUCCGAUGAGCUCUCCACCUCCGAGAUCGAUGAUGGCGACGAAUGCUUCGCCGUUGGCGGAAUUUUCCGGCGACCCUGGAUUCGCAGAGAGAGCGGCGAGGUUCUCGUGUUUCGGUAGCCGGAGUUUUAACGGCAGAACAACAAACUCGCCGUUUCCGAUUAAUAACGGAUCCGUCGCUGCAACGGUGGCAACCAGCGGGAAAAUGACACGUGUCUCGAGCACACCAUCUCUCAAACCCUUAACGUCUCAGAUUCCCGCCGGCGAAUAUUCCGGCGAAGUAUCCCGGAAAAGAAAAGUGAAAUCUAAGGAUUAUUCUUCUUUCAAAGCUUCCCCAUCUCCAAAUUUAUCAAAGGAGAUUGAAGAGAAGGAAGAUUCAGAUCCGAAGAGGACCAAGAAAUCAGAAGAAAAUGCAGAUAAGACGAAAGAACUUGAUCCUUACAAAGAUUUCAUACAUGUCCGAGCUCGACGAGGCCAAGCCACCGAUAGUCACAGUCUCGCCGAAAGAGUUCGAAGAGAGAAAAUAAGCGAGAGAAUGAAGCUGCUUCAAGAUCUUGUUCCUGGAUGUAACAAGGUUACUGGGAAAGCACUGAUGUUGGAUGAAAUAAUAAACUAUGUCCAAUCAUUGCAACGACAAGUUGAGUUCUUGUCGAUGAAGUUAUCUUCAGUGAACACCAGGCUGGACUUUAACAUGGAAGCUCUCGUGUCGAAGGAUAUAUUUCCUUCAAGCAACAAUCUAAUGCAUCAACAAGUACUUCAGUUAGAAUCUUCAUCAGAAACUUUACAAUUGAACCCUAACAUUUCUUCCAAUAACAUUAUGGACCCAUUGGAAACUUCUGAAACUAGAAGUUUCGUUUCUCAUUUACCAUCACUUACACAUUUCACUGACUCUAUUUCGCAGUAUUCAACAUUUUCCGAAGAUGAUUUACAUAGCGUUAUUCAUAUGGGUUUUGCGCAAAACCAGAUCCGCGAAUCGAACCAAACUCAAUCACAUACUUUUCAAGGUCCAUCAAGCCAAGUACCAUCACACAUGAAAGCUGAACUUUGA